GAGAUCUCACUACACGUGCUCUACUGGUAUGUGAGUACCUCUGACUCAUGUUGCUGUUAACCACGGUUACAAUUGUUUUAUCAGGUUUAUCAUCAUUAACGAGCUCUACUGCUACAUGUAACUGCACUGGAUUCGGAAAUUGCAUGUGGUCCUCGUGGUCUACUCAAUCAACUGGAGGUGUGUCUCUUUCAGCAGACUGCAUGGACGGAGUGUCCGUCUGGCGUGCUUGUUCAUGCAACGGAUCAUGCUACGACACCAAAUGUGAAUUGUACAGUUGUGGUGCAUGGGAUAUGUGGGGUAGUUGGACGGGAAACUGUGGACCUCGGACGAGAAUCAGAAUCCGCUCUUGUGCGACUACUUCCAAUGUGCUGUACUCUAAUGUCAAUGUGACUAUGGACAGUGAUAUGCAACCAACAUGGAUGGCAUGGGCUGAGUGGUCGCAGUGGUCUUGUAAAUCGUCGGAACGAGAAAGGACACGAACAAGGCAAUGCUAUGAAAAGCGUUGUGCAAGUGAUAGUGAUCACUAUUCGUCUACUUGUCCUUCUUUUUUUUCAUCCGAAGCACAAACAGUCAGUUGGAGUGCUUGGUCUUUGUGGUCACAGUGGACGGCUUCGUGUGGAAACAGAGUGAGACAUCAGAGGAGAAACUGUACUCUUGAACUGUGUACACCACCCACUUCAUGCAAUGGACAGUCUAACCAAACAGACACAGACACCAACCCUCCUUGUUGCCCGGUGAGUGCAACGUGGUUGGCGUGGACAAAUUGGCAGGAAUGGUCAGCAACGUGUGGCAACAGAACACGCACCAGACGUCGCACUUGUAACACACAAGCUGUUUCUUGUGGAGGACUAGCAUCCUGUUCUGGCUUGGCAGCAGAAAAUGUAACAGACUCCACACCCUCUUGUUGUCCGGUCGAUGCUGUGUGGACCGGUUGGAGUAGUUGGAGUAUGUGGUCAAAAACUUGUGAUACUAGAAUGAAACAAAGAACGCGUGUGUGUCUUGCUGCAUUGUGUGGUGGUAACAACAAGUGUGUUGGCUCAUCUCAAAACGUACUGAACGAUGUAAACUAUCCAACGUGUCCAAUAGCUACAAGCACACAGGCAACUGUUAUUACUAGGACAUCACCACCACAUACCAGCACUGGCAGCAGCAUGUCAGGAUCAACACCACAUACCAGCACUGGCAGCAGCAUGUCAGGAUCAACACCACAUACCAGCACUGGCAGCAGCAUGUCAAGAUCAGGACAAAGUGCAUCCUAUGAAAUCUCAACUAUUGGUGAUUCUAUCUUGAGUCCAAGCACAAGUGGAACUACUUUUACUACUACAAGUAAUGAUGGUACUCAAUAUAUGACAAUAGCUGCUACAACACUUGCGUCUGAAGGCUUGCCAAAUGCAGUCAACGCUAGUACAACGUCAGAAGGUGUGCAGGUGUGGGUUAUUGGUGUAGCUGCUGGUGGUUCAGUUGUCGCUCUUUUAAUGGCAACUGUAGUUCUUAUUGUGGUUAUGAGAUCUAGGAAAGGAAAGCAUUUGGUACGUCGGUCAGGGACAUCGUCGAACUCGCUUUAUUUGCAGCCUACAACAGCUAGAACGAACGAAUGUCUUGGUAAGGUCUUUUUGAUUACAAUCAAUUAAAUUGUUACUAAUUGAAUACCCGUUACGCAAUGCUGUUUCAGUGGAUAAAACAACAGAUGGAUGGUACACUUCAUUGACAAGCCAAACAUCCGAACAAUCACAAUAUUACGAAACAAAUCGUGUGUACACUGAAGGUAAACUAAAUGAGACCCACCACUACUCAUCAGUUAAUGAGCAAACUCGCCAACGUGGAGAUGAUUCAUACACCGCUGUGAGAUACAAUGCCUCUUCUCAGUCUACAAAAUAUGUCACGUGAUCAAAGCAAAACAAAUGCUGUCUACAUUGAAUAAUGACUAUAGAGAGCACAGAUGCCGCAACACAACGCAGAGAGACAGCUGUAAUUUAGAGCUGUGUGUUAGAAGGUCAGAAGCACGAACUGUUGUACGCGUUACUUGAACACAAGCUGAUAUAUAGUGAUGGUUUGAAUCUAGAGCGUGGGCUACAUUUGCAAGCAAAUCAUACGGACAAUUUAGUGUAAAUGCUGUAAAAAUUUACGCAGAGAUUGCAAUGGAAACGAGCUCUAUAGCUGUGUGACCGCAGGUACUGUACGGUACCAGAGCCAUACAUAGAUAUAUGGCUCUGUACGGUACCGCACCCUUGGAGUCCAGAUGUGCGCGUUGCGACGCGAGUGAAAAUGCAUUUACCAGAACGUCUUACACUUGAUUGCCAUAUGUAUGUUACAAGUGAUAUAAUUUGAGCAGCGACGGCGGCUGCAGUUGUUGAGUAUAGAUAUAUGUCAAGACAUUAG